CGUUCGGCGUUUCCGGGUUUUCAGCUGUUUCCCGCCAAGUUUGUCCGUCACGUUGCAACUCGCUCGACGGUUCACGCGGCAACUUCGUGAGCAUCGACGGUCCCUCGCAAUUCAGCAUGAGCAACUCGGUGUCGUCAUUGAUCCACUCGGACAUCCAGGCGGCUUGCAGUACACUCGGCGGUUGGGACGAAGGGAAAUACUUCAAAGAGCCGGAAUGUAUCGAAAGCCUCAAGGACCUACUGAGGUACCUGAGGCGCGACGACGAAUCUCACGAGAUACGGCGGAUCCUCGGCCGUAUCCAGGUCCUCAAGACGGACCUGCUCCCGCUGUUGAAGUUCUACUCGGACGACUCCACGCUCUUCGACAUCGUGCUCAGGCUGCUGGUAGACCUGACCAACCCGGCCAUCCUGCUCUAUAAGGAGGAGGUUCCCAUCGAGAAGUUCUCGAGGAACAACUACCUAGAGAUCAUAUCCCACUUGCAGUCCUACAAGCUGGCCUUCACGGAUUCCAAAGUGUGGAUUGCCAUCACAAAGAAGCUGGAAACUCUUCUGCACCGGAACUGGGAGACUCGGCAGGAAGAGGACAAGGACACGAUUGAACGAAUCCUGGUCCUCAUCCGGAACAUUGUCCACGUGCCUGCCAACCUGUCGGAGGAGAAGCGGACCGACGACGACGUCAGCAUCCACGACCAGGUGUUGUGGGCCAUGCACUUGGCUCACCUCGAGGACCUGCUCCUUUACAUCAGCAGCAGCGAAGACGAAACCGACUACUGUUUUCACUCCCUGGAGAUCCUCUCUCUGAUGCUCAGAGAACAGUCCCCACAAGUUUUAGCCAGCGCCGCGCAAGCCCGCAGCACCAGCGAGAAGGAGCAAGAUGUGAAAGCCCUUCUCAGAGCUCGGGAAUUGGAACUCAGCAGGAAGAAAGCACAGAUGCAGUCAAAGCCAAGCAGGCACCCGCGCUUUGGCGGGACGUUCACGGUGAAGAACAUGAAGUCGAUCAGCGACAACGCCCUGAUAGUGCGCGACCGGGUGCGGCUGUCCCAAGUGGACUUCGACCGGGACAAGAACUUCCGGGCCAAGCCCAAGAACAAGCGGCCCCCGUUGGAAGAGACCACAUCCACCCGGAGGUCCACCCUCAACAUCCGGCUCUUCCUCAAGGGCCUCUGCGUCGACUUCCUGAAGUGGUCGUACAACCCCAUGAUGCGCACCGUCAAGAGCUUCCUGCAGCGCGAGCGUGCCCAAUCGCACGACGAGAGCUACUACUUCUGGGCGAUGCGCUUCUUCAUGGAGUUCAACCGGUGCAACGGCUUCGAGGUGGGCCUGGUGAGCGAGACCAUCGCCAAGGAGAGCUUCCACUACGUGCAGACGCAGCUCGAGCAGUACUACGAGAUGAUGGUGACAGACAAGCGCCUCAUCCACGUCUGGGCCAAGAGGCUUCACAUUGCACUGAAAGCUUACCACGAGCUGCUCAGGACGCUCGCUGCCAUGGACGGCUGUCCCGACGAGCAGGUCAAAGAAGCAGCCAGGGCCCUCAAAGGGACCCUGUUCUACCUUCCCGAGUACAGGGAAAUUGUGCUUCACCUGCUCCUAAAUUUCAACGACUCUGUCCAAACAAACUCCUACCUGAGGGACCUGGUUGCAAUGGUGCACGUCUACGUCAAGAUGCUGGAGCAGUUUACAAAGAAGCACAGCCACGUGGUCGUCAAGUCGAAGAAGAAGCCCCGCAGCAAGCCCAAGCCUAAAGCCAGACCACCGGCUGGAGGAGCCGCUGGUCAGGGAGGCCAAGAAGACCAAGAGAAGCUGUGGCUAGAAGUUGCCAGCGGGCUGUCCCUGGCACUGCGGGGAGAAGAGGAACUUCCAGGAGAUGUUGUGCCUUACGACUCCACCCUGGACAACACCGAGGAAGAGAAGAAGCUGGACGCCCUCUCCCGCAUCCAGACGGCGCUCAAGGCUAACCUUCCGGCCAGGGCCGUCGCCCUGCUGCGUGCUUCCAGGGAGGUGUGGCCAGACCAGGACAUGUUCGGUGCCGAGGACUCCGGCAACGUGCCUGAGGGAGGACCGGAGUUCCGAGCGCUGCGGGAGAUCUUCUGCGCCGACAUCCAGCACACUGCACCUCCUCCGGCUGCGGCUGCCGAAGAUGUCUCCGCGCCUCCGGACGAAGAGAACGCGAGCGAGGACCGUGGAGACGAGGAAAGGGAGGAUGAUGAUGAGGAGGAAGAAGAGAGGGCCCCCAUGGAGCAGGAAUUCAACUUCCAGGAUUUCAUCUCACGCUUCGCCAAGCCGAAAGUCAUCAUGGUCUACUGCAAGCUGCUGUCCCACUACCGGACCAACCCAGCGGAGAGCAACCGGCACGUCGUGCGCAUGCUUCACCGGCUCAGCUGGGACCUGAAGAUGUCUCCGCUCCUGUACCAGGCCAGCGUCUUCAAGUCCUUCCAGGCCAUCCUGCGGGACUACCGCUCCCUGGCUGCCACCAGCAUAAGCGAAGACCUCAGGGAGCUUGCGCGGCUGGCCACCUUCGUGGUGCGCGACUUCGUCGAGACCGCCCGCGACAACAAGCUGGCUUUCGUGGAACUGCUCUUCUGGAAGAGCACCAAGGACGCCUACGAAAUCAAGCACGGAUACGGAUCCUCCGCAAAAUCGGCGCACUCGGGCAAAGUGACGUGGACAGAGGAACAGGAAUACGAGCUCAAGGCUCUCUACGACCGCUACAAGGACGAAGUCACACCCGAUAAGGACACGGUGGACCUGAUCCUGGAGCACAUGAUGGACGCCUCCAAGACGCGGCGCAUGGUCGUGCGCCAACUCAAGAACCUCGGCCUCAUUCCGAACACCGCCAAGUUCAGGAAGGGAGCCAGGGCCCACUGUCCGUGGAGGGCGGAAGAGAUCGAGGAGCUUCGGGACCUCUUCACUCAGUACAGGGAGGCCACAGACACCCUGCGUCUGAUCAUGGACCGGAUGAGCCACAAGCGGCCCAAGCACAGUGUCGUGGACAAGCUGAUCGAGCUGCAGCUUGUGCCGAACCGCAAGGCACUCCGCAAGAAGACGUCCGGAAGGAGAGGCACUGCAACCUCGUCUCGCAAGGGAACGGGAGGUCCGCGCCUGAUGGGACUGGACUCCGAGCUGGACACCACGGAGUCGUCGUCGGACGACGACGCCGGCCGCGGUGCGCCGUCCAAUGAGACGCCCGGACAAGAAGGCACCACGACCUCGGGUAUGUCUCGCAAGGGCCCGGGAGGUCAGCGCCUGGUGGGACUCGACUCCGAGCUGGACACCACGAACUCGUCGUCGGACGGCGACGCCGGCCGCGGGGACUCGGGAGGGGUGGUUGCGCGACCUGCCCAGAACGGUCGUGCGGGGAGACCGGGGCCGUCCAGAACCUCUCGCGGGGAUCCCAUGGUGGACGUGGCCGCCACGUCCGAGCGUGUCAAGACUGCCCUGGCCAAGUUGGUGGACGGAGGUUUUCAAGAAAGCCUGGAAUGGCUGUUGUCUUCCUUGGAGGACGCUGUUGAGGACUGGGAUUCUGAAGACGCGACGUCGACGCCACUGGUGCCCCUGGCGGAAGCGCACCACUCUUCGAUGGAGGACGGAGAGUUCUGCAGCCUGCUACGCUCUAUCGGAGUGACACCGCCCGUCGACGAGCAGGAGGUGUACUGGCGCAUCCCCGCCCACAUGACGGACACGAUGCUCCAGUCCCGUAUCGAGCUGAUUCGGAAGGCCCUCCAAGGCGACUUCGCCGCUUCGCUGCUCGUGCCGUCGCCCCCCCAGCCCGCGGAGCAGACGUCCGCCAAGAGGAACACCAAGCGGAUGGAGGCCAUGCACGAGCUCCUGGCCAGGAAGGCCCUCAACCAGAACCACGAGGGAGCGGCUGAAAUUUCAAAACAGCACGUAUCUUCGCUGUUGACGACUUCCGAUAGACAAGAGACGACGGUCGACAACUUGAACUGCGGAAAACAGCGACAGGAAAACAGACAACAACCGAGAAAACAGCCCCAAUAUCAACAAAGAAGCAACCAUCCACAACAUAGAGAAGGCAAGCACCAGAAAAGCUGUAGUAGGUGUGGAACCACUCACCUGCCCCGACAGUGCCCCGCCUACGGAUCCACUUGCUACGCCUGUGGCAAGUUUGGACAUUUUGCAAAGCUAUGCCGACAGAAACAGCGAGUGGCACCGCGACACGUCCGAACUCUAGACGUGGAGGAAGAAGUGACUGUUCAAGAUUUUGGUCUGGGCAGCCUGACUAUAAACGACAUCGCAGAAGAUUCACUCUCCGACUGGCUUGAGACUGUCGACGUCAGCGGCAACCCAGUGAAUUUCAAGCUGGACACGGGUUCCGAUGUCAACAUACUUCCAGAGCAGCUUGUGUUGAAAUGGGAACCCCAUCCAGCUAUCAAGAAGACUCAAGCAAAGGUUACAACGUAUCUGGGUGAGCAGCUUGAUAUACAAAAUGAGUGCCAGUUCCUUUACACUGUGAAGAAUGCCCAGUCCAACGUCAAGUUCUUGCUUGUGAAAGGAAAUCUCAAGCCCAUACUUGGAGCAGCUGCGUGCACAGCCUUAAACCUUUUGCAUCGAGUGCUUGAAAUAGCACGCAACAACAAUCUGAAGCUAAACAAGGACAAGCUCAAGCUGGGACUGUCUACAGUAACCUACCUUGGUCACCAGCUUACCCAAGAAGGCAUUGCUCCUGACCCUGAAAAGCGUUUCACGGUGAAGCUAGUCCAUGUGCCUGGAAAACACUUGACAGUUGCUGACACACUGUCUCGUGCACCUAAUCCAGCGCAGACCAUCAAGACAGUAGACGAGGAACAUGGUGUCCUGGUCUGCACAUCGGUUCAAGCAUCCACAGCAAAGCUGGCUGAAAUCCAAGCUAGCACGGCAGCAGAUGAGGUCUUGAAGCGUGUAACGACCUACAUCGAACACGGUUGGCCAAAUAAAAUCUCAAAGGUCCACCCGUCAGUCAGACCCUUCUACUCAAAAAGAAGUGAGCUCUACAUAACCGAUGGCUUCGUCUGCUAUGGCGAACGACUAGUAGUGCCAGAAGCAUGCAAGAAGGAUGUGCUCUCAAGACUUCACAUGACCCAUCGCGGCAUUGUCGCAUGCAAAAACCUGGCUUCCCAAAGCGUCUUCUGGCCUAGGAUAAACCAGGACAUCGAGGAGCUGAUCAGCAGCUGUGAAGUUUGUCAACGCCACCAAAGAGCAAAUCAAAGAGAACCACUUCUUGACCGAGACUUGCCAAUACGCCCAUGGGAGAAAGUAGCCAUGGAUUUCUUCUACCACGGUGGCACCACUUAUUUGCUUGUGGUAGAUUAUUACUCGAAGUUUGUGGAAGUCAAGAAAAUGUCGACUACAACGGCAUCUGCUCUUAUAUCAGUGCUCAAGGAGCUGUAUGCGUGCCACGGCAUACCAAGUGAAGUUGUCAGUGACCAAGGCCCCCCAUUUGAUUCUGUGGAGUAUAGAAGCUUCAACAAGGAGUGGGAUAUCGUCCACAACCCAUCGUCACCACUCUUUCCGAGGUCCAAUGGACAAGCAGAAAGGACAAUACAAACCAUCAUGGCCACAAUGACUAAGGCUCUCUCCGAAGGAAAGGACUUGGCACUAGUGUUGAUGACCUACAGAGCAACGCCAAAAGAACCAGCCAGUUUGGUUUUGGCAUGGAAAAAGUUGGAGAAAAGCAGUUGUGACACAGCACCUCCCUUCGUCAGUCCAAUGCAACAAACUCGCCACCACAAGCUCAACCCCGCCAGACUCGCUCAGGAAGACCUUUCGAGCAAGUCGGCUCGGCGCCGAGAACAGCCGUCCCCGAAGAGCUCCGGGGACGAGGAAUCGUCGGGGACCUCUUCGGACGAAGACGUGGUCGUGGUCUUAUCGCCUCCUCCGAGCCUCACCGAGGCAUCCGCCACUGCAAUACGAGAAGGCAACGUCAAGCGCAAAAGAACUGCGCUUCCCGAAGACAGCGACAGCGAGCUGGACUCAUCGGGCCACGUCAUUGCGAGGAAGAAGGCGAAGGAUGGUACAGCGUCCAUUUCACCGAGGUCGCCGUCGAUGUCCAAGACCACCAAAGGUCGCCGCGUCGUGCUGAGAGACAGCGACGACGAUGAGGACGAUGACGUCGUGAGUCUACCGGAUCCAUUCGCCGCGACCGAGGACUUCCAUGACCCUGCUCCAAGACAGGAGGUUGAAGGUCGGCGUCAACCAAAGAGGCUCGUGGUCCUCGAUGACAGCGACGACGACGAUCGAGACAACGAUAUGGGAGACGGAACCGAGCGUGCGGACGACCAUGCGGUGACCGUGAUCGACGAUGACAGUGUGGCGGAGUCGGGGGCGAACCCGGACGUUGUCUCGUCGGCGACCGGCGUCGUGCCACUGGACGACAGCGACGACGAUGAGGUCAUCGUGGCUGGAAAGGACUCCGGUGCCGCCGGGGAAAACCGGACCGCAUCGAGUAUCAAGAGGGCUGUCAUCGUCAGCAGCGACGACGAAGACUGACGAACCGAGCCGUGGCUUCAACUGCUCCGACUGCUGCUCCGUCUUCAAAGAGUGGCCUCCCAGGCGCGGGCUGUGAGCGCCACGUGGCGCCCCUGAACUCCGAGAAAAUACCUCCUUUUUGUGUGAUUUUAUGCUUGCAUUCGUGUGUUUUAAGCUGGACUUGUUAGCGAGUUUGAUGACUUUUUAAUGGAUCCAAUAUAAAAACAUUCCUUGUCUGGAUUAUGACUUUGUAUCUACGGGUGCACGGGAAUAAAGCCAUUCCCUCUUU